GGCUGAAAUGUUGUUUUGAAAUAAUAAUUAUAUAAAAUUACAAUGUCUAUAAUUAGAACUGGGUUGCAGCGGUUUGCAAACAUAUUUAGCAGUGGACAAGGAGGCAUUCUAUCGCGGUUUAUCACUAACCUAGCACCUAUUGAGAACAAAUCAACUGCAGAAACCUCGAAAGAUGUAAUAGCAACUUGUAACAAACUCAUUGAAGAAAAAGCGUCACGCAACUUCGCUAUAGUGCAUAUAUUGGGCAAGCAAUGGCGCGUCACUGAUGGCGAUCUGCUUGUUGUCGAAGGAUACUGGCCACCUAACAUUGGAGAUAAGAUAAAGUUAGAGAAAGUAUUACUUGCUGCCACUAAGGAUUUCUCCCUUAUUGGAAGACCUUUAGUACAACCCGGACUAGUAAAUGUUACAGCGACAGUGAUCUCCAAAGGAUUGUCUCACACUAGAACACAUUUUAAGAAGAAGAGGAGGAAGCAGUUCAUGAGGAUUAACUUCCAGAAAGUUCAGCAAACAAUGUUAAGAAUCAACUCUGUUGAAAUUGCUAACAAAAUUAAUGAAGCACCCAAAAAUGUAUUUUAAGCUAGAUGUUUGGUUUACUGUAGUUAAUAAUUUAAUAAAACACAAUUUAAUUUAAUAAAACGGAAU